AUGGUCUUUGAUAUUUUGAUUUGGUGUUUGAUAUCUAGCAAUGCACACAUCGUAUCGUCAUUGGAGUUACAACUUGGCAUGCCAAAUGUGUGUGCGGAUCAAGAGAUGUCAGUGUUGGGGGCACGUCAGCCUUGUGUCCAGGCCUUCACACGCAUGGUCAAAGUGUGGAAUAAGGGCUGCACAGGCCAACGCUGGUGUAUGGGCUAUGAGAGAAGAACGGGAUACUAUACAGCCUACAGGCAGGUGUACAGUAUGGAUAUGCACACCAUCUAUAAAUGCUGUCCUGGCUGGAUUCAGAGGGGUGAAGAGCUGGGCUGUUUGCAGCGACUAUGUGCCGCCACUACCUGCUUCAAUGGAGGCAAGUGUGCAGAAAGUGGAGACCAGAUAUGUCAGUGUCCUGAGGGCUUCCAAGGGUCCCGAUGCCAGUAUGAUGUGAACGAAUGUGAGGUUAAUGACGGCAUCUGUGAGGGCUACUGUUGCAACACCAUUGGCAGCUACUACUGCAAGUGUCCUGAGGGCAGUAGACUGGGGCCGGACGGCAAGGCAUGUCAGGAUGCGAAUGAGUGUGAGGAGCUCAACGGAGGAUGCCAGCAAACAUGUGUCAACACACUGGGCUCUUAUCACUGCGAAUGCAGCGAAGGCUUCCGCAUGCACAGUGAUGGACGAACCUGUAUUGCGGUGAACUCGUGCGUGGUGAAGAACGGCGGAUGUGAGCACAAGUGUGUUGACAUGGGGAACAGCCACUACAAAUGUGAGUGUCGCAAGAACUACCAGCUGAAGAGAGACGGGAGACACUGUGAAUUGAGGGACCCCUGUGAGGACAGGAAUGGAGGCUGUGCCCAGGUGUGUCGCUGGGAAGCUGGCCUGACUGUGUGCAGUUGCAGACCAGGCUAUACGCUGGCUGGAGAUGGCAAGGACUGUCACGACAUUGACGAGUGCAGUUCGGGCCAUGCCAAAUGUUCCCAUGGCUGUGUGAACAUGCUGGGAUCCUUCAGCUGUGUUUGUAACCCCGGCUUUGAGCUCGGCGCUGAUGGCAAACAGUGCUACCGUAUUGAGAUGGAGAUAGUCAACAGCUGUGAGAAGAACAACGGGGGCUGCUCCCAUCACUGUGAGCACACUAACAAUGGACCACUCUGCUCCUGCAACCAAGGCUACCAGCUGGACCAAGACAGAAAGACCUGUGUAGAUAGUGAUGAGUGUAAGAUUGGGAAAGCCUGCUGCAGCCAACUCUGCAAAAACUAUCCAGGAGGCUACGAAUGCAGCUGUAGGGCUGGCCACAAACCGAACCCAGAUGGUUGUGGCUGUGAUGACAUUGAUGAGUGCUUUGCAGAGAGCUCUGGCUGUGAACACCACUGUGUCAACACCCUUGGAACCUAUGAGUGUUUCUGCCUACUGGGUUUCCACUUAGACCAGGACCAGCACUCCUGCAUCCCUUUGUAUGACAGUGAUCUUGAAAAUGAGGAGGAGGAAGAGGAGGACAAGCUGGAGGUGCACAGGUUGCCGGACCUGCUGUUCCAUCAGCCUCCUCAGCUCCUGCAGUACACGGCAGCCUUGCACUCCCCGUAUGAACGUGAAGUCGUCCGUGCUUAUGCCAAUAUGGAAGAGGGAGAGCGUCAAGGUGAACUGAGGAUGGUCAGCCACAUAGUCUGUCUAGAUGGCUCAUUUGGGGAAGAUUGCAGUGUGAGCUGUACAGAUUGUACAAAUGGUGGUGUGUGCAGUGAAGACAGAGAUCGCUGUGAUUGCCCUCCUGGAUGGACUGGAAUCAUCUGUAAUGAGACUUGUCCGCAGGGGACCUAUGGACCAGCCUGCAACAGUCUGUGUCGCUGUCAGAAUGGAGGUUCUUGUGACCCAGUGACUGGGACCUGUCUGUGCCCACCUGGGGUGCAGGGUGUGCUCUGUGAAGAUGGUUGUCCACCGAGUUACUUCGGGAGGCACUGUCGAAGGAAAUGCAACUGCCCCAACAACGGACGCUGUCAUCGUUUGUUUGGAGCUUGUCUGUGCUCCCCGGGACUGUACGGCCGUUUCUGCCACUUGUCGUGUCCCAGGUGGACCCAUGGUGCCGGCUGUUCCAAGGAAUGUGACUGUGUUCAAGAACUUUCCACUGGCUGCGAUCCUAAAACAGGAACCUGUUUUUGUAAGCCUGGAUAUCAUGGUGUACGCUGUGAGAGAGAAUGUAUGUUAGGUUUCUUUGGUGCUGGCUGUGAACAUCGAUGUGACUGUCCUGAUGGGGGGUCAUGUGAUCCCCAGAGUGGAACAUGUAGCCAGAAAUGUCCUGCAGGUCUUCAUGGAGACAAAUGUCAAUUGGUCUGCAGAGCAGGGCAAUAUGGAGAGAGCUGCUGUUCGACCUGUGACUGUGGGGGGGCUUCUUGUGACCCAGUGACUGGACAGUGCAUCUGCCCUGCUGGAAAGACGGGGGACUUGUGUCAAGAUGACUGCCCUGAUGGUCUCUGGGGAUUCAAGUGCCAGUCAACUUGUAGUCCCUGUCAAAAUGGAGGCUCCUGCAACAAGCAGACUGGUGUGUGUGACUGCACACCAGGCUUCAAUGGAGCACUCUGCCAAGUUGACUGUCCCUCGGGUUACUAUGGCUCUGGCUGUGUCAUGCGCUGCUCAUGCCAACAUAAUGCAGGUUGUGACCCACAGACUGGAAGUUGCUUCUGCCCUCCUGGAAAAAGAGGCCACGACUGUACAAGUUCAUGUGAGCCUGGUUCCUGGGGCCAAGGGUGCAGCAAAAAAUGCCAAUGCAAAGGCAGGACUCUGGGCUGUGACCCAACCACCGGUCAGUGCAUGUGUGAGGCUGGCUUCACUGGAGACAACUGUGACAAGAGGUGUGUGAAUGGUACGUAUGGGCAGGGCUGUGCCCAGCAGUGCCAGUGUCAGAAUGGAGCACUCUGUGACCACAUGAGCGGAGCCUGCACGUGCACCUCUGGAUGGGCUGGAACCUACUGUGAAAAACUGUGCCCGGACAGCUUUUACGGUCUUGACUGUGGCCAGAUGUGCGAGUGCAGGAACGGUGCCCGCUGCCACCACAUCACAGGAGCAUGCCUCUGCACUGCUGGCUGGGCAGGACCACACUGCAUUCUGGAGUGCCCAGAGGGUCAUUUUGGUGUGCAGUGCAGUCAGACCUGUGAGUGUCAGAACGGUGCCAGGUGUGACCACAUCACUGGGCGAUGCAGCUGUACGGCCGGGUGGAUGGGUGCCAGCUGUCAACUGCCCUGUCCUCCAGGACAGUAUGGGGAGCAUUGUUCUCAACAGUGUCUGUGCCAAAAUGGUGGCUCCUGUGAUCGGGUAACUGGACAGUGCUCUUGCACCCAUGGCUGGACUGGAGCCGCCUGUGAGCGAGAGUGUGAGGAGGGAUAUUAUGGAGAGAGCUGCUCCAAGCCCUGCAGCUGUAUUAAUGGAGGGAGAUGCUACAGAGUGACAGGAACAUGCAUCUGUCCUCCUGGCUGGACAGGACUGCGGUGUCAAUCAGCUUGUCCCACAGGAUAUCAUGGGGAGGGCUGUGAGCAGAACUGUGACUGUGUCCAUAGUGAGAGCUGCCACUCUGUGACGGGACACUGUGACUGUAAACCAGGAUGGAGAGGAGCCAGGUGUGGCAAACCCUGUCUGCCAGGGUCUUACGGGGCCUCCUGCGCCCAGCAGUGUCAAUGCAUGGCCGGGCUGCCCUGCCACCACGUGACAGGGAGAUGUGGCUGUCCUGCUGGACUCACUGGGAAUGGCUGUGAAAAGAUCUGUCCAGCUGGCAUGUAUGGACAAAACUGCAGCCAGCUAUGCAAAUGUUCUGGAGACCAAGAGCAGUGCCACCCUGUCACUGGGAAAUGCAGCUGUCUGCCUGGUUAUUACGGGGCACGUUGUGAGCUACGAUGUCGAGCGGGGACGUAUGGACUGAACUGCAAGUCAAGAUGCCGAUGCACCAAUGGCGGUCGCUGUGACUACAAGACUGGAGCGUGCCAGUGUCCACCCGGGUUUAUUGGAGCCGACUGCAGUUCAGGUUGUCCAACUGGAUACUAUGGGAAGGACUGUGGCCAAAUAUGCUCUUGUGGGGUGGGAGGGCAAUGCCACCCAGUGACUGGAAGGUGUACCUGUUCCCCUGGUAGCAUAGGACCACUCUGCCAACAAGCCUGUCCUAGGGGGCGCUAUGGCUCGCAGUGUAGAAACACAUGCAGCUGUCAGAACGCGGCACUGUGCGAUCCUAUUGAUGGGUCCUGCAAAUGUGGACUGGGCUGGACUGGACCACGAUGUGACACGGCCUGUCCACAGGGAAGGUAUGGGGCUGACUGUGCAAUGGACUGUUCAUGCCACAACAAUGGAACCUGCGACCGCCUCACUGGUGGCUGCAGCUGCACUGUUGGACACUACGGCCACUCCUGUCAACACAGAUGCCCGCCUGGGUUUUUUGGCAUGGGCUGCACCCAUCCUUGUGACUGUAAAGUGGGGCAGGACUGUGACCCUGUGGCAGGCAUCUGUGUGUGUCCGCCAGGCUACCAAGGACCACAGUGUCAGAGACGAUGUGAGUCUGGAAGGUUUGGAGUGGGCUGUCAGCAGACAUGUGACUGUGCUGGGGAGGCGCCAUGUAACCCAGUCACAGGACAGUGUACCUGCCCCCCAGGACAGACUGGAGAAAGAUGUGAAAAAGACUGUAGUGGAAACCAUUUUGGUCCUGGGUGCUCCAUGCUGUGCCAGUGUUCCCAUGGGGCCCAGUGUGAUGGACGUAAUGGCCGAUGCCUCUGCCCCCUCACCUGGCUGGGCCCCACCUGUACAGAAGGACUAGUGGUGCAUACUCCAAGGGCGCUGAACGCCUCUCUUUCCCUGAGGAGGAGAAGAGCAGGUGUCAAAGACACAUAG